CAGCUCUACCCUCCACCUCUCACGCCCUCCUCAGCAUCUUCGACAUCAGGAACCAUGACUUCCAAAUCAACCGUGAGAAGCCAAAGCAGCAGCCGCCGUGUCUUCAGUGCCAGCUCAGCCAGAGUCCCUGGGGUCUGCCGCUCUGGCUUCAGCAGCGUGCCCGUGUCCCACUCCAGGGGCAGUGGUGGCCUUGCUGGAGUGGGUGGAGGAGCUAACUUUGGCAGCCGCAGCCUCUAUGGCGUGGGGGGCUCCAAGAGGAUCUCCCUUGGAGGGGGCAGCUGUGCCCUCGGUGGCGGAUAUGGCGGCAGAGCUGGAGGCGGCCUUGGCUUUGGAGGUGGAGCCGGGAGUGGAUGUGGUUUUGGCGGUGGAGCUGGUGGUGGCUUUGGGCUUGGUGGUGGAGCUGGCUUUGGUGGGGGCUAUAGGGGCCCUGGCUUCCCCGUCUGCCCCCCUGGAGGCAUCUAAGAGGUAACCAUCAACCAGAGUCUCCUGACUCCCCUCAACCUGCAAAUCGACCCCACCAUCCAGCGGGUCAAGACUGAGGAGCGAGAGCAGAUCAAGACCCUCAACGACAAGUUCGCCUCCUUCAUCGACAAGGUGUGGCUCCUGGAACAGCAGAACAAGCUCCUAGAGACCAAGUGGAACUUCCUCUAAGAGCAGAAAUGUGCCCGGAGCAACCUGGAGCCCCUCUUUGAGAACUACAUCACCAACCUGCGGAGGCAGCUGGACGUAGUGAACAGCGAACGGGUCCGGCUGGAGGCUGAGAAGAACAGCACGCAGGAUGUCCUUGAGGGUUUCAAGAAGAAGUAUGAAGAGGAGGUGGGACUCCGGGCCAAUGCUGAGAAUGAGUUUGUGGUUCUGAAGAAGGAUGUGGAUACAGCUUUCUUAAAUAAGUCUGAUCUAGGGGCCAGCGUGGAUACCUUAACUCAGGAUAUCGACUUCCUGAAAACCCUAUACAUGGUGAAAAUCCAGUUGCUGCAAUCACACAUCUCUGAGACGUCAGUCAUCGUGAAGAAGGACAACAGCCAGGACCUGAACUUUGAUGGGAUCAUCGCCGAUAUCAAGUACGAAGAGAUCUUCAGGCACAGUCAGGUUGAUGCAGAGGCCUGGUACCAGACCAAGUAUGAGGAGAUGCGGGUGACAGCUGGCCAACACUGUGACAACCUGCGUAACACUCGGGAUGAGAUCAAUGAGCUGACCCGCCUGAUCCAGAGGCUGAAGGCAGAGAUCAAGCACUCCAAGGCUCAGUGCUGCAAGCUGGAGGCCGCUGUGGCCGAGGCAGAGCAGCUGGGCAAGGCAGCCCUCAGUGACGCCAAGUGCAAGCUGGCGGAGUUGGAGGCCGCCCUGCAGCAGGCCAAGCAGGACACGGCACGGCAGCUGAAGGAGUACCAGGAGCUGAUGAAAGUCAGGCUGGCCCUGGACAUUGACAUCACCACCCAUAAGCACCUGCUAGAGGGCGAGGAGAUCCGGAUCUAUGAAGGUGUUGGACCAGUAGACAUAUCGGUGAGCAGUUCCCGGGGCGGCCCGGGGCGCGGACCCGAGCCUCUGGUCACCACCUGCAGCCUCUCCCGCGGUGGGGUCACCAUCUCGGGCCGCAGCAGCAGCCGGUCCAGCGGCUUCUGCGGCUCGAGCGUGGGCGGGGCCCAGGUCGUGGGCAGCGGGGACUCGCUGAGCGCGGGCUCCCGGGGAGGGGGGGGCUCGGUGCUGGUGGGCGAGACCUGCGCCCCCAGCGCCCCGUGCCCGCUGCCCACCGAGGGCGACUUCAGCAGCCGCGGUUCCAGCGUCCGCUUCGCGUCCACCACCACCUCCCGACGGACCAAGUACUGA